GAUGAGAUGGAAAGGGAUAAGGGUGGUGAGGAAGUGGAGGUGAAGAAGUCUAAUACAUGUGAAGUGUGUGGUGCUAGUUUCAAGAAGCCUGCAUAUCUGAAGCAGCAUAUGCUAAGUCAUUCCCUUGAGGAAUUGGGGUGUUUAAGAACUAGAUCGUGUGAAGCAUUGGAUCCCACAAAGGAACUCCAAAAUGCGAGAGGGUAUGGACUUGAAUGGACCAGUACCAGGGGGGAGACCUCCUGUGAAGCUCCAUCAAGCGGUCCUCAAUCACGCUGUGUUACUUUUGAGGUUUGAAUGCUUGUUUAUGUGUUCUCUGCUAUUGUGGCUGUCGGUUAUGUUCUUUCUGAACUUGUCUGCAUUGGUUGCAAAAAUUGAAGAUGUAAAUUUUGCAGGAAUUAGAAUUUCUGAGAAGUAUUGUUUCAUCAGCGUGAAGCAUUGGAUCCCACACAACGAACUCCAAAAUGCGAGAGGGUUCAGCUUGAGUGGACUAGUACCAGGGGGGAGACCUCCUGUGAAGCUCCAUCAAGUGACCCUCAAUCACACUAGGUCAUAUGUUUGCACAAUCGAUGAUUGUCGUUCUACUUAUAGAAGAAAGGACCAUUUGAACCGUCAUCUUCUUCAGCACCAAGGAAAGCUUUUCAAGUGUCCAAUUGAGAACUGUAAAAGUGAAUUUUCUUUUCAAGGCAACGUGAAGAGGCAUGUUGUCGAAUUUCACAGCGAGGAUUGCCCUUCUACGAGCGAUAUAGGCCAGAAGCAGCAUGUGUGCCAGGAACCUGGUUGUGGAAAGGCAUUUCCAUUUGCUUCGAAGUUGCGCAAACAUGAGGAUUCUCAUGUUAAGCUCGAUUCAGUGGAGGCCUUUUGCUCUGAACCAGAUUGUAUGAAAUAUUUUUCCAAUAAACAAUGUCUUCAGGACCAUAUCCAGUCCUGCCACACACAUAUCACUUGCGAGAUAUGUGGGAAGAAGGAAUGGAAAAAAAAUAUUAAAAGCCAUCUCCGUACUCAUGAAGAGGGAGCCUCGUCAUUGGAAAUUAAAUGUGAUUAUGAGGGAUGUCUUCACACAUUUUCUAAGAAGUCGAAUCUUCUCCAGCAUGUGAAAGCUUUACACCUCCAACAGAAACCCUUUGCUUGUAGCUUCUCAGGCUGUGGCAAGACGUUCUCAUACAAGCAUGUGAGAGAUAAGCACGAGAAGUCUGGUUGUCAUGUUUACACCUAUGGGGAUUUUGAAGAGGCUGAUGAGCAAUUCCGGUCAAGGGCAAGGGGUGGGCGUAAGAGGAUGUGUCCAACGGUAGAAAUGCUUGUACGCAAAAGGGUUAGUCCACCAGAUCAAUUUGGCCCAGAGACGGAGUUCCUCUCCCAGUUCUUCUCACAAGAAGAGGAAGAUGAACAGUGAGUCACAUUCUAGUAAUUAAUGUGAUUGGCCCGUCUUCCACCCUGAACCCAUGGAUGUUGGGCAUUUUGAGUUUCUACACUAGAUAUGUAUAGCCGCAUGUAAUUAUCUCGUCUCCUGGGUUUGGUUUUGUCUUCUGAAAUUUGCUGUUGGUUUCACGGCUUCGGCCAAUUCAUAAUACAAACCUGCCAAGUUCCGAGUCUCGA